CUGCAUUGUUAUCACAUAAUGAUGAGAGUUUUGUUACUUCUCCUGUUUUUCUCUCUGUUCCUUGGCGGCUUAAAGGGACAAUCUUCAGAAUCUACAACAACAGAACAAACAUCUACAGGAUCUACAGGAUCUACGGGAUCAGAUUCCACAAUAAUUCCAACAGAAACGAAUACAAUUCCACCAGAGAGUGAGGGUACACCAGACCCACCAAGUUCUUCGUCAGCACCAGCUUCAUCAACCACAACAACAACAACUACUACAACUACAACUACAACAACAACAACAACAAUCACAACAGCCACAACAUCGUUGUCAACAACAACUACGCGUAGAACUACAACAACAGGUCUGAGCCCCCAACAAUGCUGUUCUCUGGCACAAUUAGGAGAGAUUAUCAAAAUCUUGAUAGAGCUGCUAAAGUUAGAGGGUGUCAUACCUACCACUUCAACUACAACAACAACAACAACAACCUCAAAACCGUACCCAAUAGUACCAGCAGGACCUUUAGAAGGUAAACCUGAAACUUCAAGUAACAGUUCUGGAACUGAUAGCAAUGAUUUACAGCCAUCAAGCAAUGGCGUUCCACCCCUCUCGGCUAACAAUCUUCAAGCAUUAUUGGGGAACGGUGUGCCUUCAAUGGGGAACAACAUUCAACAGUUAAACGGUGGGUCACCAGGGAACAGUGUUCCUCAAUCCGUGAUCAACUUCCUUCAGACCUACACUGCAAAGGACCAGACCUUCCAAGUGUAUGCUGUAAACUCUGACAAGAAACCGGUUUUUCAAACAGCUGAUAAAGGCGGUCCACCUAUUGUGCCCAACAUCGGGGGAUCCAGACCAGGCCGAACUAAGCGGGAAAAACUGAACAAUCAAUCAAUUUCAGAAAACCAAAGAAGAAAUCUGUCAAUACAAGUCUUAGAACAAUUCAAAAAUUCAGGUUUACUUUUAAAGAAUAGGGAAGGAAAACCAGGUGUUCAAGUGAUACAAAAAAGAAAUGGAAAAUAUAGGUUUAAGAUAAAAGGCCGGAAAGUUGAUCUGAGUCCAAAAUUUUUAACUAAAAUGUUAGAGGAUUACAGAACCAGUCAAUUGUCGAGGAAGAGAAAUGAGUUUAAGAAGAUCUAUCGCUGCAGGAUCUUUGGAACAUGCUCACGGGAAUUUGAAAAGAAAAAGUCAAAGGAACAAAAAAAUAAGAAGAAAAACAAAAACAGAAAUAAGAACAAAAAGAACAAGGGAAGGAAAAUGAUUGAAAAUAAAAACAGAAAAAAUCUUGAAACCAACAAAAUUAAUGAAAAAUUGACACAGGAAUUAUUCACAUCUUCAAUGCUGAAACGAGGUGGGAUCUGAAGUUGUAUAUUACAAUCUAUUGUACAAAAUAAUUUCUUAAUUCUUAAUUACAACAAACUUAUCUUAUUCUAUAAUAAUAAAUAUUGAAUAUACA